GUCUCACAAACAUCAUAAUUAAUAAACUAUCUACUUGGCUCCGCCAAAUCGAACGUCCUCUUUUGAGACAUUACAUUAUUCUCGUUGAACAUUAUGCAAACUCUUUCCCGGUUUACCCUAACGAAAAAUUGAGAAGGCACAAAUAUAUGCAGGAAACAAAAGUGAUAUUAAUGUUUGGUGAUAGACCUGGUUUUGUUCCG